UUUAAAAAAAAAAAUGAAAAGAGAAAGAGAAUUUGAAAAGGAAAGGGCGCGGCUAGAUCUGGAAGUGUCCGUUACGUUAUAAUAGUUGAUAAAAAUCUGAAAUCUGAAAUCCUUAGCCCUAAUUUGGUCGGAGAAAUGGAAAAGUACGAGAAGCUGGAGAAGGUGGGAGAAGGAACAUACGGGAAAGUGUACAAGGCUCGGGAGAAGGCGAGUGGGAGCCUGGUGGCUCUGAAGAAGACGCGUCUGGAGAUGGACGAGGAGGGUGUCCCUCCCACCGCACUACGCGAGGUGUCUCUCCUUCAGCUUCUCUCCCAAUCCAUCUACAUCGUCCGCCUCCUCUCCGUCGAACACGUCGACAAGGUCCCCAAGUCCCAGAAAUCCUCCUCCAACCCCCUCACCAAGCCCAUCCUUUACCUUGUUUUCGAGUAUCUCGACACCGAUCUCAAGAAGUUCAUCGAUUCCCACCGCAAGGGCCCCAAUCCCAGGCCCCUCCCUCCUCCCCUCAUCCAGAGCUUCCUCUUCCAGCUCUGCAAGGGCGUGGCUCACUGCCACAGCCACGGUGUCCUCCACCGCGAUCUCAAGCCGCAGAACCUUCUCCUUGACCAGCACAAGGGUAUUCUUAAGAUCGCUGAUCUCGGCCUCGGCCGCGCCUUCACCGUCCCUCUCAAGAGCUACACUCACGAGAUCGUUACUCUCUGGUACCGUGCCCCCGAGGUUCUCCUUGGCUCUACCCAUUACUCCACUGGGGUUGAUAUCUGGUCUGUUGGCUGCAUCUUUGCCGAAAUGGUGAGGAGGCAAGCUUUGUUUCCGGGGGAUUCUGAGUUCCAGCAGCUCAUUCACAUAUUCAAGAUGUUGGGAACUCCAACAGAGGAGAAUUGGCCAGGAGUUACUUCUCUGCGUGAUUGGCAUGUGUACCCACGCUGGGAACCUCAGAGCUUGGCAAAGAAUGUGCCUUCCUUAGGACCUGAUGGAGUCGACCUUCUUUCGAAAAUGCUCAAGUAUAAUCCUUCUGAGAGAAUAUCUGCUAAGGCAGCACUUGAUCAUCCAUACUUUGACAGUCUUGACAAAUCUCAAUUUUAGUUGAGCCUCUUAGUCAAAAGGUAUUAUGCAGAAGUGUCUGUCAAGCAGUAUUAUAUAGCAGUCGAUGAAAAUUAUUCAUGGCAUGGUGUUUAUUUAAAGAUAUGUCAAAUGCAGCUUGUGUAAUAUUUCGUCAUCAUCUUGGUGAUAUGAACAGGUCACUCUUGAAGGGUAGUUCAUGGUUGCCAUGGUCUUUGUAGGACCCUUGAAGAACUUAAUGCUCCUCAAAAGUUGUAUUUUCUGUUGAAAUUGAAAGGGAUAGUCUAUGACUAUGAUAUUAACUAUCUUAGUGCAUAAUAUCUUAUGGUUUUAGGUUGGUUGUAUUUUCUGUUGAAAUUGAAAGGGAUGGUCUAUUCUAUGACUAUACUAGUAACUAUCAUAGUGCAUAAUAUUUUAUGGUUUUA